UUGUGCUCACGAUAUGGUUUACGAAAGUGUUGCAAGGGUUUUCAGAUCAGAAUCCGGAAAAAUGCUAGACAAAGUAACGAUGACUUCACGCACGGCAAGGGGCAAUUUCAGUCAUAUUUAUAAGAAUUUAUUUACAUUUAUAUUAAUAUGUUUACCCUGCAAGUUUUGUCAAGCAGAGAAGAUGUAUGUAGACGUGAAGACUUUGGACCUGCUUGUGGAUGAGACGCGCCUCUUCAAGUUCAUACAGAUCGGUGAAUACAACGAGACCCUCUCAGUAACAGCCCAAAUACAACAUCCAGAUAUAGUACAAUUUGUGCCAUCGACGAUUAAUAUUCCAGCAGUGGAACAGCCGAAUACAACAGCGGAAUUGGCUUACGAUAUAUGUGCGUACGGAAGGAGUCCAGGCCAUUCAGAGGUUACGUUCUCGGCGUCGCCUACUGAUGUGGUCAAAUUGGAUUCAAUAUUUAUGAGAAUUACAGUGAUGCAUUCGAAAGCGAUUUACGUGAUUUCCUAUAUAAUGGGAUGGAUAUACUUCGUAGCGUGGUCCGUGUCGUUCUACCCUCAAAUAUACAUAAAUUUCAAAAGGAAAAGCGUGGUUGGACUCAAUUUCGAUUUCUUAGCGUUAAAUGUAAUGGGAUUCACUAUGUAUUCGCUUUUCAACUGUGGACUAUUCUUUUCAAAGGAAAUUCAGACAGAAUACUUCAGUCGUCAUCCCCGCGGUUUAAAUCCAGUACAAUUGAAUGAUGUCUUCUUUUCGCUACACGCUGUAUUUGCCACUAUCAUUACUAUUAUACAGUGCGUUAUAUAUGAGCGCGAAGAUCAACGUGUAUCGAUGACCGGGCGUGGCAUAUUGACAGUGUUUGUGGGCGUGGUCAUAGUAACGGCCAGUCUUGCGGCCGCCAGUAUUUUGGAGUGGCUCGACUUUUUGUACUACUGCAGUUAUAUUAAACUGAGUAUAACUCUAAUCAAAUAUAUACCACAGGCAUACAUGAACUACAAGCGUAAAUCCACGGUGGGCUGGAGUAUUGGGAAUAUCUUUCUGGACUUCGUCGGAGGUUUUCUAUCAAUUCUCCAGAUGACGUUGAACGCGUACAAUUACAACGAUUGGGUGUCGUUCUUCGGUGACGCGACUAAGUUCGGUCUCGGCCUAUUCAGUUUGGUCUUCGAUAUAUUCUUCAUAUUGCAGCACUAUGUGUUUUACAGGGAUGCCAGAUACAUCCUGCUUCCGGGCACGAGCUAUGCUCCGGAUAAUGAAGACGACGAAGGCUUUGACGAUCAUGAACCUUCAGAGCCCUAUCAAGGAGCUCCAGCUUAGCUAUCUAAAUGUUCAUCGAUAAAGGUGCUACAGAAUGUAGAAGUCCUCGCGAGUUAAGCGCCAAGACUUGGAGACUUGACACGAUGUGUUGGCUGGUAUAAGAAACAAACAAACGUUCGUGUGCUUUGUUUUAAUUUGUUUUAUGACAAGAAAGUAUUCGCUGGAAUAGUCAAGAUAUGUACAAUCUUAUUUUAUUCGUCAUGAUAUACAAAUUAUCUUAUAUUGGAUGUUUGGAAUGGAUACGAUGUUUGUCCAGGACAUGAGAAUUGACAUAAUGUUUUAUGUUUGGUACAAUACAUAUUUAUAUAAAACUUUUAAUGAAUAUAGACGUCAAUUAGUUGUAUGUAAUGUUAUAUAUUCGCGCUUGUUUCUGUUAAAGAAGUUAUAUACAUUAUACAAUUCAUAGUAAUAAUGGAAAAGUCUAUUAUCUAUGCUUAUGGUUUGAUAUUUUAAACUAAACUAAACUUUAUUAUAGACCUCAUAUAUUAUGAACUAUGUUAAGUUAUUUGAAAGUUAAUAAAAAUAACAAAACAUUAUUUCACUCUUAUGUAUGUGUAAGCGUUAGGCCCCGACAUUGUUAAGAUAACAAACACAAAGUUUUCUCCGAAUCACUUGAUUUAUUCCAAUUCUAAUUUCAGUCUCUUAAUUUAAUACGAUUUUAAUAAACAAAUUCAAUAGGUAAAGAUUUCAAAGGCUACUCGGUAAUUACGUAACGAGUGCACCGGGCAAUGGUCGACGAACGACUGCCUGAGUUGUCCAGUUGGUUUAUGCUACACCCUCCCUCGCGAGGGGGAUGUUUUGUCCUGUUUCGGGCGUAUGCCUAUGAUCAGAUAUAUGCAUCAGAACGAUAUCAAAAUGUCAUAUACAAAUAUUUUCAUAGAUCGAUGAUUAUAGUAUUAUUGUCAAGUGAAAAUUAUCUCGACAUUUGUUGGUACGAUAGGAAAGCAAUAAAAUAUUGUUAUGAUAAAAUUUAUCACAAGGAAAUGGAGUGAAGGAACUUUCUUUUUUUUAAUUUAAAUUCAAAGCGAUUUGGUUAUUAAAUAUAUUAUUAUUAGGUACACAUAUAAUUUAGAUUUUUAUCUUUUUAAAUAAUUGUUAUUAAAAUCUACAUAAGUCUAAUUGUACUUUUUUCAUUAUAGUAGUUUCGUCUCUUUCCGUGAAAAUAAAUUGUCGCUGUGAAGAAAAGAGAUGGGGAAUCUUUAACAAUAAGGUCUCAUUACACAGAUACUAUUUAUAUAUACUUUCGUCUAAACCCAUAUCUCUAUAACAGCACAAAUGUUUUACUUUAAAAUAGUAUUAGUAAACAAACUACUUGCAUAUUCUUACUUAUACUCACCACUAACAAGGGCCUUUCAUAAGCCUUUUACGGCUUCUCCAUAGCCUCCCCCCCCAUAUCCCCCAAUCAUACCAUAGAUAGACGUUACACAAUUCCAUAAUUAUACUAUGUCUUAAAUUUCUAGGGAUAUUUAAAAAUAAUUUGCGUAUUACGAUUUGGACUGUGAGUUACCAUACAUGUAUGUUACAAUAUAUAGAUAUAAUUUUAAAAGUGUAAUGAUAGUUGUUUUAUUUAGUUUAAGGUUUUAUUAGUACAAUAAUGUGUAUUGUAUCGGUAAUAUGAGUUUUUCCUAAAUUAUUAUUAAGGUAUUGUAAGUAUUUUGCACCUAAGUUUCAUUGUUUAUAAAUACAAAUUGACAAUAGACGAAUGAUAAGCAAUGUCUGAAAAGGCUGGUAAAGUUUUAUGGUAGACUUUUUUAAGCUAACUUGUUAAGUAAGGACUAAAGUUAGUACGGCAUUUCUUAUGGUUACCAUACAUUUAUAUCACUAACUUUAACCACGUUUUAAAAUAAGGUCGUAUAGGUAACAUUAUAAAAUAUUAUGUAGUA